AUGGAUCACUCCCGCGAUCCCUGUCCCUGGGUCAUCCUGAAUGACUUUGGUGGUGCUUUUGCCAUGGGUGCUGUCGGUGGAGCCGUCUGGCACGGCGUAAAAGGUUUCCGUAACUCCCCCUAUGGUGAGCGACGUAUCGGUGCCAUCACAGCCAUCAAGGCGCGUGCACCCGUGCUCGGCGGCAACUUCGGUGUCUGGGGAGGCCUUUUCAACACAUACGACUGCGCAGUCAAGGGACUGCGAAAGAAGGAGGACCCGUGGAACGCCAUCAUCGCAGGAUUCUUCACCGGCGGUUCGCUCGCGGUACGAGGAGGCUACAAGUCGAUGCGCAACGGCGCGAUAUCCUGUGCCAUCCUUCUGGCCGUCAUUGAAGGUGUUUCCAUUGGCUUCAACCGCAUGAUGGCCGACAACACCAAGCUCGAGGCGCCCCCGCCACCUCCCACAGACGCCGGCGCAUCGCCAAGCGGCGGCCUUGCUCUGCCUGCGUAA